AUGAGCCAGGAUUACGAAGAGGCCCAGGUGGCCGAGGAAAGCGGCAUAACGGGACCUGGCGCCCCGACGCCUCUCUCGGCGCUUGAGGGAAUUGCGGGCUUGACGAAGCGCGACAUCCAGCUGGUGGUCGAUGGCGGAUUCAACACGGUCGAGUCGGUUGCCUACACCCCGCGGAGGAUGUUGGAGCAGAUCAAGGGCAUUUCGGAGCAAAAGGCGGGAAAGAUUCUGGGCGAAGCCUCCAAGCUCGUCCCAAUGGGCUUUACAACGGCGACCGAGAUGCACCAAAGACGAAGCGAGCUCAUUUCAAUCACCACCGGAUCCAAGAACCUGGACACACUCCUGGCCGGCGGCGUCGAAACGGGGUCCGUCACAGAAUUGUUCGGCGAGUUCAGGACUGGCAAGAGCCAAAUCUGUCACACGCUCGCCGUGACUUGCCAACUGCCGUUUGACAUGGGUGGCGGCGAAGGGAAAUGCCUCUAUAUCGACACCGAGGGCACGUUUCGCCCCGUGCGGCUCUUGGCUGUUGCCAAUCGGUUCGGUCUCUCAGGAGAAGAAGUCCUGGACAAUGUGGCGUACGCCCGCGCAUAUAACUCCGAUCAUCAGCUUCAACUCCUUAACCAAGCAGCGGCAAUGAUGUGCGAGACGCGAUUCUCCCUCAUCAUCGUCGACAGCGCCACUGCUCUGUACCGGACAGACUUCUGUGGUCGUGGAGAGCUCUCAAACAGACAGACACACCUGGCAAAGUUUAUGCGGACGCUUCAGCGGCUGGCGGAUGAGUUUGGCAUCGCCGUCGUCAUCACGAACCAGGUCGUUGCCCAAGUCGACGGUGGGCCAAGCGCCAUGUUCAACCCAGAUCCGAAGAAACCCAUUGGCGGCAAUAUUAUAGCUCACGCCAGCACGACGCGAAUCAGUUUGAAAAAGGGGCGCGGCGAGACGCGAGUUGCCAAGAUUUACGACAGUCCGUGCUUGCCCGAGAGCGACACGCUCUUUGCCAUCAACGAGAAUGGCAUCGGUGAUCCAGCCCCGAAGGACAUGGAGAAGGACUAG